AUGAAAGCUCUCACCUCAGUUGUCGCUCUGCUCGCUGGCCUGUCCUCGGUGCAGGCCUCACCGACCCCUCGCAACAAUGGCGGCUCCUCGAGCCACAAGACCUGGUUGGACUCCGCAGGCCUGUCUGCCAACAACAAGCAGCUGUUCGCCUACUCUAUGGACAUCCUCGACAACAACUUUGGCCUGCCUUUGCUCUGGGGGACCGCCAAGCUGUCGUCGUGGUACGCUGUCGGUCUCCUCGCGCGCCAGGGAACUGGGGACGUCGCACUGGCCAACAAGGUGAUUGCCAACCUUCUCACCCAGCAAUACACCAACACUUCGUUUGUCGGAGAGCUGACUCCAGACCCCAACAAUGCCCUGUUCGUCACCAUUGCCGGCAUCAUCAUCGACUCGCAGUUUGGCGACCUCAUCGACCCGACCGUCCGUUCCAACCUCCGCAAGGCAAUGUACAUGGCCACCGUCGGAGACGGGUACCGCGUUGGCGGUGUCAACGACGACAACCUCCGUCCAUGCUACACCAACCCGUGGGUCAUGCGUCUCGCCGCGUCGGCGUACGUGGGCCACAUCUCCAACGACGCCAACAUGACUUACUGGGCCGAGGAAUGGGCUCAGGAGUUUGUGGACCUCUUUGACGAGUACGACACCAUCAGCGAAUACAACGGCGGCACCUAUGCUGGUGUCUCGCUCUUUGCACUGUCGCUCGCGCAGUAUGUCCCUACCAACACGACUCUCUUCAAGGAGGCUCCGCGUAUCAUCAAGUCUAUCUGGGACCAGACAGCCGAAACGUACAACCCGACCCUCAACACUCUCUCUGGCCCAUGGGACCGUACCUACGGCUUUGACCUGACGCAGUACUAUGGCAUCCUUGGCUCGGCCAUUACAGGCGUGAUUGGCAUGGACGGCACUUACCCCAUGCCCAAGCCCCUGGACGGCUCGGUGCACUACACCGACAUGGCCAUGAUCCCCAUGCAGAUGGUCACGGCGCCGUACGCCGAGGCGCAGCUGUCCAGCGCGUCCAAGGCCAAGAUUACCACGUUCUCGGGUGACCACGAGUUUAGCGUCCAGGCCAUCUCGCCGCCCUUUGACGCUCGUCCCCGCAACUACACCUACUGGGUGGCUGACGGCCUGUCGGCGGGCGGCGUCGAGUUUGACGAGAACACCGUUGGCGGACCGUCCAUCAACCAGCCCAGCUUCUCGCCCGGUGUGAUCCUCUGGGACGCUGGCAAGACUGCCGCUGGUUCCGGCUUUAUCUCGCACUACCCGACCAACCCGUCCGUGUCGAUUGUGGCCAGCUCGACAAACCUCACCAUCCGCUACCCGCCCACCCAAGACUUCCCCAACGGCACAGUCUCCAACCAGCUCCAGCUGUCGGUCAGCCCUCUUCCGGGUCCCCAACUCGGUGCCGACGCCUUUGCUAGCGGAACCCAGUCCCUGCCCGGCCUCGACGUGACCCUGUCCGGCAACGUCGUCGAGAAUGCCAACCGCUCGUUUACGUUCACCGGAGCCCAGAUCAACGACUUUUACUACUACAACCUCACGUACACCUGGGACGCGGCUUGGGGUGCCGCCAACGUCCCCGAGCUCGUUGUGGCGUUCACCAAGACCACGCCGCCGACCUACGACCUCAUUCUGCAGUAG